UAACUUUUACUUCCUUGUACACACAGUUAGAGGAACUGACCGUUUUGCGGCUGGCCUCGUUGUCAACACUUACAUCCUCUCCAGCUUCACUUCAGCACUUUCGAAUCAUGAGCAGAUAGAAAACUACUUUGCAGAGCUGAAAACAACCCAAGUCUACUUGUAAGGUGGAAAAGUGACUAUUGUGAGGACCUGUGGCUGGAGAGGACAAACAGAAACACCAGUAGGCAGGAGAGCAGGCAUCCCUGCUGCAGAGAUGGCUCGUCAGGGGUCGCAGGGUGAGAUGACGGAGUACAAGAAGAUUCUGAUCAAACGGGACAUGGAGAUGGGCGUGGUCAUGACGGUGUUUCGGCAGAAGGCGGAACGGCUCACUGUGCAGGUCAUCAUGGAGACCCGGCAGGUGGCAUGGACACGCACCGCAGACAAAACUGAUGGUGUCUUGGACCUGUUUGAGAUCAGAGAGGUUCGUCCAGGGAGGAACUCCAAGGACUUUGAGCGCUUUAAAGAUGGGAAGGACAAACACAGUGAAAAUACCUGCUUCACAAUCUUCUAUGGCUCACUGUUUGUUCUCAACACCCUCAGUCUGGGAGCUGAUUCUGUUGAGGAGGCACAGAAAUGGCUGUUAGGACUAGAGUUGCUGAGGCAAGAGACACUGGUAGCUCCAACUCCGGUUCUUAUAGAGAGUUGGCUGAGGAAGCAGAUGUAUUCUGUCAAUCAGACCAAAACAAACAGCAUCUCCAUGAAGGAGCUGAAGGCUCUGCUAGCUUUGCUCAACUACAAGGCCCCCAGCUCUCGUACUCUCAAAGACAAAUUCCUGGAAGUGGGAGCAAAGAAAGACCGCCUGGACUUUGAGCAAUUUCAUAAAUUGUACAACCUUAUAAUGUUUGAACAGAAUGAGAUCCUGGAUGAGUUCAAAAAGGAAUCAUGUGCUUUUAUUCUGGGUAACACAGAUAAACCAGAUGCCUCGGCAGUUCUGCUCCAUGACUUCCAACGAUUCCUCAUGUACCAGCAAAAGGAACCCUGGGCCAGUGACCUGAACCAAGUCCGAGAACUGAUGACCACCUUCAUUGACGACACCAUGAGAAAGACCAAUGAUCCCGAGUUCACCGUCAGCGAGUUCCUCAGUUUCCUCUUUUCCAAGGAGAACUCUGUGUGGGAUGGAAAGUUCUCAGAGAUCACCAACCUGGACAUGAACAACCCUCUAUCCCAUUACUGGAUCAGCUCCUCACACAACACAUAUCUGACAGGUGAUCAGAUUCGUAGUGAGUCUUCCACAGAGGCUUAUGUGCGCUGCCUGCGUCUGGGAUGCCGCUGUGUUGAACUGGACUGCUGGGAAGGGCCCGGGGAGCCAAUCAUCUACCAUGGCUGGACCAGGACGACCAAGAUCAAGUUUGAAGAUGUGGUCAAAGCCAUCAACGAUCACGCUUUUGUCAAGUCAGAUUUCCCAGUGAUCCUGUCCAUAGAGGAGCAUUGCCCUUUGGAGCAGCAGCGUCAGAUGGCUCGCAUCUUCAGAGAAGUGUUUGGAGACAAACUGCUUACUGAACCUGUGGAGCAGUUGGCUGAGCAGCUACCUUCACCUACACAGCUGAAGGGCAAGAUCAUACUCAAGCACAAGAAGCUUAAUGUGGAGGGAGGAGGAGUCACUAGAGACUUCAAGAAGGGGCAGAAACAGGGAGAUCUGGAUAUCUGGGACCCUGUGGACCAGCGGUGGAACAAGCACUUCUGUGUGAUCGCUGACGACAAGCUGUACUACGGUGAGGAGUACGAGGAGGAGGAAGAAGAUCCCAAGAAGAUCCAGGACAUGCACUGUUCAGAGCCCUGGUUUCAUGGUCGCCUAAAGGAGGGCAGGCUGAUGGCCGAGCGACUGAUCCAAGACUACUGUGCAGAGACUGGGGGAAGAGAUGGCACCUUCUUGGUUCGACAGAGUGAUACCUAUGUCACAGACUUCACCCUCUCCUUCUGGCGCAAUGGGAGAGUCCAGCAUUGUCGUAUUCGCUCAGGUUCAGAGGGGACAUACAAUUAUUUCUACCUGACGCCAAACCUGCACUUUCCCGGCGUAUACUCCCUGAUCCAGCACUACAGAGACAACCCGCUGCGCUGCCAAGACUUUGAACUGCGCCUGACUGACGCUGUACCACAGCCCAACCCACAUCUACAAAAAGGGUGGUUCUACAGUAACCUGAGCAGAGGUCAGGCAGAGGAUUACCUGCUGAGGAUUCCUAGAGACGGAGCCUUCCUCAUCCGACAGAGAGAAGGAGAAGUAGACUCCUUCGCCAUCACAUUCAGAGGCGAUGGUAAGGUGAAACACUGUCGGAUCCAGAAGGAGGGCAACAUCUACCUGAUGGGCACCACGACAGAGUUUGAGAGCCUCGUGGAGCUGGUCAACUACUUCAGGAAGAAGCCGCUAUAUCGCAAGAUCAAGCUACGUUACCCAGUCACCCCCGAGCUGGUGGACCACUUCAGCACAGAGAAAGACUGUGCCUGUCUGUAUGAGAUGAAGACCUACGUGGAACCCAACGAGAUUGAGCCCUCACUGCCACGAAGUACAGUUAGGGCUGUAUAUAGCUACCAGGCUGUAAAGCCGGAUGAGCACACUUUCAGCAAAGGAGCUUUGAUACACAACGUAACAAAGGAUCCCAAUGGAUGGUGGAAAGGUGACUAUGGUGGAAAGUUGCAAGGUUUCUUCCCAUCUAACUAUGUAGAGGAAGUGUCCAACAACACCAAACCUGAGACCAAAGGACAGGACAUGGAAGACAACCCACUAGGUGAACUAUGUAAGGGUGUUGUAGACAUCUCCAAGUGCAACAUCCAAAACUUAAAGAAUGGUAAAAAUGGGAAGCCCAACGUGUUGACGCUGCAGGACACGGAGCAGGACAGUCUGCAGUUUGACGUGGCAGCAGGCUCUCUGGAGGAGCUGUUUGAAUGGUACCAAGUGGCCUGGGACGUUACUCAGAGAGCGAUGAGCAAUCAGUAUAACAGGGCGGAAGAGAUCAGACAGCAGGGGGAAGUGGAGAAGAAAGCAGAGGUUGCCAUGGAGAUGUCGGACCUGGUGGUCUACUGUCAGCCGCGCAGCAAGGAGAAGGACCGCUUUGACAGUUACAGUUACAAAGAGAUCCGCUCCUUCGUGGAGAACAAGAUACCAGGAAAGAGCCGCACCAAGGACUUCCUGCAGUACAACCGCAAGUCUCUGAGUCGCAUUUACCCAAAAGGCCAGCGCGUGGAGUCCUCCAACUAUGACCCUUAUCCACUGUGGGCCGUUGGCAGUCACAUGGUGGCUCUCAAUUACCAGACUCCAGAUAAAUACACCCAGUUGAACAGCGCCCUCUUCAGUCUGAACGGACAAACGGGCUACGUGCUGCAGCCGGAGUUCAUGCGCUGUGAUAGCUACGACCCUCACCAGGAGAAGAAGAAGGUCAACUACGAAAUUGCGGUUAGGGUGAUUGCUGCCAGACACCUUCCUAAGCCCGGCCGCAGCAUCUCCAGUCCAUUCGUGGAGAUCGAGCUGUGCGGGCACACAGAAGAGAAGUUCAAGACCAUUGUCUAUCGUGAUGACGGUCUGAACCCGGUGUGGAAAUCUCCAGCAGACUCAGUCUUCACCGUGUACGAGCCUGAACUCACCUUCCUGCGCUUCGUGGUCAACGAGGAGGACAUGUUCUCAGACCCCAACUUCCUGGCUCAGGCCACAUUUCCUGUCAAAGGCAUCCGCUCAGGUUAUCGCUCUGUACCUCUAAAGAACGGCUACGGUGAAAACUUAGAGUUAGCCUCUCUGCUGGUCUACAUCAAUGUACAACAAGCAGGGAAAGCAGAGGAGGAGCUGUACUCGUCCUUCACCCAGCUGAGGAAGAAGCAGGCGGAGGUCAGCAGUGAACCUUUCCUGUACGACACACACACCAACAUUCAGCGCUCUGCCCUCCCUCGCCAACACACCCAGCUCACGAGAGAGGGCAGCACCGGCGAGAACCAAAAGACAAAAGAAAAGAAGAUAAACAACAGUAAGUUCUACUCGUGAAGAUUCAGUAGAACUCACCUGUCCACGUCCUUCCUGCCUGAGCGCUGGAGAAAUGCAGACCACAGAUCUAACAUCACCUCUAUCUUACUCAAGAGUUGAUUGAUCUGUGCAGUUAAGAGUUUUCCAGUUGUGACACGUUAUCAUUUUUUUCAUUUUCAUACCAAAAAUAGUUUUCUAUUUAUUUAAGAUAAGAAACUUGUGGUCUUAAUAUUUUCUCAAAUAUGGAAGUAUUGGAACAUAUUAAUGUAAUUCUCUGUAAUUCCCUAAAAGGCCUCUGGGAAAUGUAGGAAACCAUUAAACCAACCACCAAAGUAGAACUUCGGGCUGGGCAAUAUAUCAAUAUUAUAUCGAUAUUGUUAAAUGAGACUAGAUAUUGUCUUAGAAUUUGUAUAUCGUAAUAACUUCUCCUGGUUUCCUGCAUUACAGUAAAGUGAUGUCAUUUUCUGAACUUAUCAAACUGUUCUAGCUUUACCCAUUUAGUCGUUAUAUCCACAUUACUGAUGAGUAUUUAUCAAAAAUCUCAUCGUGUAAAGAUUUUGCAAUAGCACCAAUGGUCAAUCCUACAAUAUCGUCGCAAUAUUGAUAUCAAGAUAUUCAGAAAUAUUGUGAUAUUUGCUUUUCUCCAUAUCGCCCAGCCCUAGUAGAACUGGGUGAGGCAGGUUGAGGGGAGGUGAAAUCGUGUAACUACUUUAUUACAGAUGUUGUUGUUGAACAUUUCCUCUGCGGGCCACAGGCAGCCAGCGUAGUGCUUCACAAUUCUGCAUUCAGUCUGUAAUCAAACUGCAUCACACUGAUACUUAAAUUAUAUUUAUUUUCAAUUAAAGAGGAGUGGAACUGAAAUAAUAGUUUCACUGCAGUACAGCAGAAUACAGGGAGCUUGUGUUGAAUUAAUCUUUUUUGUGUCUAAUUUCAAAUCCUGAUGAGUGUAAAUCGACUGAUAUAGAGCACGGCACACGGGCUGCUGCUGUGUGACGUAUGACAUGGAAAAGCUGUUUUUUGCUGUGUAGUUUCAACAGUGGGACGUUAUUUUCUGUGUGGUGAUGUGUUGUAUCUUUGAAAGUGAAGUCAGAUUAGUGAAAACAGGUGAUGUAUUGAGAACAUUUCAUGUAUGAAUGAAUGAAGCCGAUGAUGUUUAUAGCUUUCUUAUAAUUCCUCAGUCAAUAAAGAAUGCUUGGUGAACUAUACCCUA